AUGUCGCAGAGCUGUACGUCUGCGACGCGCUAUGGCGACGACAGUGAAACGUGGAGAGCCAGAAUGUCGCUUUGGCUGCCGCCACCGUGGUACCAUGUCUUGCCGCACCUCGAAAAAUUCAGGGAGGCGAGUAACAUGCAUAUCGAUCUCUACACGGACAACAAAGACGAAGUGCUGGGAGGGGAGAUAUAUCACCUUAUGUGCAGGGAGGGAAACAUAUGUACCCUCUGCACUAACUUCACGUACCGUACGCACCUCAGCAGGGCACGUGACGCAGCCGCUAGGGAUGCCAUGGCCAACGGAGAUGAGACUGCUGGAAGCCAGUCACCAGGCUCCAGCGUGGGCGCUAGACUGUCCGAUUUUAACGCCGACGAAUCGUCUGACGAGGAACCAGCAACACAACAGCUCGCGAACAGGCCCGCCGUAGUGUUCCUCAUCUUCACCAAGGAGGACAUCGUGAAGCUGUCGGUUGAGAUGCUGCGGCAGCGCAUCACGACAACAAUCGAGCUAUUCCAAGUUCUGUAUCCGAAUGUGAAGAUAUUAGUAGUAAUGCAUGCCGUCAGGUUGUACGCCUUGCACGGGCAAAACUCGCCGACCGACAGCCAGUCUCCACAGAGGGACUCGCAGACGCCGGUCAUGCACAACCUCACGCUAGACGAUAUCAUAUGCUCGCUCAUGAUAGAGUACCAAGUUGACGUCGUGGAAGCAGAGGAUGACGUCGAGCUGGCUAAGUUCAUCGUAGAUGCUGCAUCGGCGGCGGAGCUCUGUGCGACACGCAGAGGAGCUUCGGGUUUCAGAGCGAAACCGCAAAGCAACUUAUCGCAGGAUACAUCUUUGGCUACGAAUACGUGGAUCACGCAGCUACAACAGAUACCUGAAUUAGGUCAGGAAGCGGCCACCGCCAUCGCAGAGAUGUAUUCAACACCAGUUGAAGUAAUGGAAGCGAUAGAGGACUCGCCAGACAAACUCGUGGAGUCACUGAGCAACUUAAGCUCUGGCACACGUGGAUCCAGGAAAUUGGCCACCGCAAUUGCCAAUAGGAUAGCCACGCUUUUUUCGCAGAAUGUGGAACCAAACACUUUCGUGAUGGACAACUGUGACUCCUAG